AUGCCACGCGAUAAGAGCGCAAACUCGCUCGGCACACCGGAAGGCCGAGCCCUUCACGGCCAUUUCCUUUCGAGCUCUCCACUUGCCGAGGCUGCCAUUGCCCGUGACUUGGAGGAAUAUGCUGAUGAUGAGGAUUCAGUGCUCACUGAAGACGAUACGUCGGGAAUUUCAACCAUUCGUCCAGUAAUCGGUAGUCUUCCCGGCACGGCGCCUCAUUCUCUGGCUGGAUCUUACCAGCGUCCGAGUUUUUUCACAACGGUGUCGCAUGCGACAGUGGUCCCGCAUUGUCUGGAGAACGAAGGGCUGACACCCAGGGAGCGCGAGCAAGCGAUUGAAGACGAGCGACAGUUGCUGGCCGAUAGUAAUUGUUUGGUAUCGUCUGUCGGGGCCAAGGGCCAGCGCAGGAGGUCUGAGGCUGGAACGGCGGAAACAACCUCUUUGUUAGCCGGAGAAGAUCGGUGUCCUGGGUUCAACGCGGCAGAGGAUGAGGACAUUGAUCGAAAGUGGGAGGAAGCAGUGGUUGCGGGCCUGAUCCAGACUACUUGGCAACGCGAAGCAAAAGUGAUAGGCAAAAAUGCAGCUCCGUUGAUAGUCACCUUCCUACUUCAGUAUUCCUUGACUGUAGCCAGCAUUUUCACUCUAGGACACUUGGGCAAGAAGGAGCUGGGAGCAGUUAGUCUUGCGAGUAUGAGUGCAAAUAUCACCGGCUAUGCAGUUUACCAGGGCCUAGCGACUAGUUUGGAUACUUUAUGUGCUCAAGCGUAUGGAUCUGGGAAGAAGAAAUUGGUGGGACUACAGAUGCAGAGAAUGGUGUAUUUUCUGUGGCUUAUUACGAUUCCCAUUGCUGUUCUCUGGUACUUUUCGGAUAAGAUCCUGGUGAGAAUUGUACCGGAAAAGGAUGUAGCUCUUCUAGCCGGUCUUUACCUGAAGGUGGUCGCUUUGGGGGCUCCGGGAUAUGCUUGUUUUGAGAGUGGAAAGCGAUUUGUACAAGCGCAGGGGAUUUUCUCCGCAUCUCUUUAUGUUCUGCUGAUCUGUGCUCCGCUUAAUGCGUUUAUGAACUGGCUGUUUGUCUGGCAAUUCGGUUGGGGCUUUGUAGGCGCCCCUAUAGCGGUGGCCAUUACGGACACGCUCAUGCCCAUUUUGCUCUUUAUUUAUGUGUACUUUGUGGACGGAGUGGAGUGCUGGAAUGGAAUCACCCGAAGAGCGCUGCAUAACUGGGGUCCAAUGAUUCGACUCGCACUCCCUGGAUUGAUCAUGGUUGAAGCCGAAUGUCUUGCUUUCGAGGUGUUGACUUUGGGUUCUUCAUACCUCGGAACCACCCCCUUGGCUGCACAAUCAGUGCUCGCAACAGUCUCAUCCAUUACCUACCAGGUCCCCUUUACUCUCUCAAUUUCCGCGAGUACUCGUGUUGCCAACUUGAUCGGAGCGACUCUUGUCCCAGCAGCCAAGACAACCGCCAAGGUAGCCAUGGUCGGCGCCGUCAUCGUGGGCUUGUUAAAUAUGCUUUUUAUCUCAUCGCUGCGGCACUACAUUCCGCGGCUUUUUACCUCGGAGGAGGAAGUCAUCGAGCUCGUUGCGGAAAUCCUUCCACUUUGCGCAGCUUUCCAGCUGUUUGACGCCCUCGCAUCAAACUGUAACGGUAUCCUUCGGGGUCUUGGACGACAAGAAAUCGGCGGGUACGUUCAACUCUUCUGUUACUACGCAAUUGCCAUGCCCAUUAGUUUUGGGACCUCGUUCGGGCUAGACUGGGGAUUACCUGGUCUUUGGACUGGCGUUGCAAUUGCUCUUUUCCUGGUCUCCGUGUUCGAGGCUAUUUUCCUGACUCAAAUGGACUGGAACCGUUCAGUUGAGGAAGCUGUUCGUAGAAAUGCAAUAGCAUAA